CAUUGCCGCUAACACCUUUACGCACAAUCCCUUUACACACACAUUGCGCGGUUUGUUUUUAUAGAGCGUUUGGAGAAUACAAAAUGACGUAUAACUUUCAUCAGGCAACACAUACAAACUUUUCUGUAUUUUCCACAAAAAAAGUGUGUAAAUGUUUUGCAUAUCGGUGUUAUUAAAUAGAUUUGAAUGAAUGUUAUUGAUUUUUACUUCCGCCCCAUAAUUACUUUCAAAGUUGCUCACUUUUAUGCAACAACACAAACACUUCACACUGCCCUUGUCAGCUGUUAGUCUAAGUUUAUUUGUGUGCUGGAAUAACCGAAUAUGGUGCUUUUAUGUGAUGUACCUAUAUAAGAAAUAAAGAACAAGACCGUUUACAGAGAGCGCAGAUAUGGUGCUUUAUGUUAAGAUUAUGACUCGCUAUGUGUCGGUUAUUUCAUAUGGUUGCACGAACCGCUUUUCGCAUUUGCAUUUAAACUGGAGACUUUCCGUUGAGUUCAGUUGUUUACAUACAACAUUUGUGUGUGUUUCCUUUAUAAAACUGUUUUUCAGACACUUCCAAAUGUGACAUAUUGUUUAAUUCAGUCCAGUUGCUCAAGAGCCGUUUAUGAUAAAUGCUGUAGAUCUCACUUUAUGCUAUUACAUUGUCAUUUAUAAUAACACGUUUUUGUUGUCAAACAUUAGCCAGCUAUUUAUAUUUACGUCGUUUGUUUAGCAGAUGCUGUUUUCCAAACUUACAAAAGAGAGGGGUUAGUGUUUGACUAAUUUCAGAUGUAAUCGUAUUAUAAAUCAUCUGCACACAAUUACUCAUCAAUUACCAACUCUUUAACCAACAAGAAGGGUUUCUUAGUCACGAGCCGUUUUCAGAAUGAUUUAUCUCAUACUUCUUGACAGCAUGUGUUUUUCGACUUCACUGGAAAACAUUUUAUGGCUUUGAUAUUGAGUCAGUUCUGCUGUUGUUUUCAUACAUCCAUUUUAUUCUUUCUGUGUACUUAUAAUGAAUUAUUGAUGUGUAUUAGUGUUUGGUGCAUCUGGCUUUGCUCUCGUAAACAAAUAUGAGUGAGCAGGGGAUGUCUUCUCAGUCAUUGUGAAGAGAUGUUGACGGUGAAUUACUACGCUCCAUGUCCCCUUGGGCAGGUUUGCUCAACAGGGAACACACACACAUAUGCACAAUCUUGUAGCUCUUUUGCAAAACUGCACAGGGUGGGCAGGACCUAAACUGAUGCCAUGGUUACGAUCAGGUGCAUUCCUGUACUGUAGGGCCACUUUACCGCUGUCACCAUGGUUAUCAUUGCGAUGAGCUGAGUCACAAUAAACCCCAUAAACACGGAUAAAAAUGAAUCAGAUUCAUAUUAAUUAUGUAAGAAUCUUGACUAAUGCAUUGUGUUAUUGAUAUAUCAGAACCUACUUGAAAAAAGGAACCUGUUCUUUUAGUCCACAGGUGUUUUGUGAAGGGAUAUUCAAGGUGUUAAUUAUGUUUCGGUGUGACCAGAGUUCAAUUUCAGUUUGACAGUGUUUUUUUUGAGUCGGUGUAAUUACCUGAACUUGAAGUGCAUGAGGGUGUUAGGUCACUCUAAUCACAUAUGGUUUGGUAAAUGUCUACAGAAUAUCCACACCAAUUGGUUUCCGCUGGUCUUUUUCAAGAGAAUUUUAUUAAUAGAAAUAACUAAACCUUUUUUAUUAGGGAAGUAUACAUAGAGAAUUGUAGGCGUAAUUUGCGGGUGGGACAAGUGGGCCAUGUCCCUGCAACUUUUGGAAGAAAAUAAGAUAUGUUUGCGGAAGGUGUGAAUUGUUUAGGGGCCAUUAACAUCUAAAAUGCAUGGAAAACACAGGUUGCGCUGGUUUCUUACCAUUACCUUUGCUAACACUCUUAAGUUAUAUUUGCGGAAGACACAGAGACACGGACAGUAUAAAAAUGCAUGAAUUUAUGAUAACUAUUCUCAAUAAGUUAUUACAGAAACAAUUUAAUAAAGUAUUGUUUUUGUCAUCUCUUUCCGCACCACUUUUAAAAAACAAAGUAAAGCUGUUGAACAUUUCCAUUGUUAUUCACCUAUACAGUUACAGAUCUAUACAAAGGCAUACAUUUGCAUGUUAGUUCCUUCGAAUAUUGUUACUUUAACAGAACAACUGGGUCAGGGUUUGUCUUAAAAGUUAAAGGAAGACCUUUCCUUUGUUUACGACCUUAGUUAAGCCGGAUUGGAUUGUUACAGUUCUCUUAUAAAAAUGAAUUGGUGAACAGGACUGUGGAUCUCUGUUUUGUUCCUGUUUGACUCUCAAGGACUCUGACAUAUCAAUGUCACAUGAACCUUAUUCACUUAGUCUUUGGUGAAGGGAACUUACUGUAGUCAUUUUUGCAGAAAGAAAAAAUAUGUUUAUUUAUUUACAUGUUCUGGCACUGCCUCCCACUGUGUUGAUGUUCAGAGUGGUGUCAGCAAAGGCAUGCUGGGAAAUGGGGGCAGUGUGUGCAUUUGAGUGCGAUAGUGAAAGUUUCUUGCACUUCUUGGAGGUAAAAAUGCUCUGCUGAUAAACAUAAUUAUUCAAUCAGAAUUUUUAAGUUUUACAUAUUUAUUAUUACAUAUAGGAAUUUAUACUCUGUUUAAUAUUUGACCUGUGUUUCUGUCUACUUUAUCUUAAAUGUGUGCUUCUUAGUGAUAACCACUGUGCGUGUGUGUGCGUGUGUGUGUCUGUGUGUGCUAGUACGUGUUUAUAUUGUGUGUGGAGUUGUGGGUGUGUUUGAACCUGUGUGUGCGUGUCUGUCCUCUGUGUUUUCAACUUUUUGUUUUUUACUUGUAUAACUUUAAAUGUUUUGCUUAUAGUCUAAAUGUUUCAUGUACAGCUGCUUUUUUAGCAAUGAAAAUUGUAAAAAGCACUAUAUAAAUAAAGUUGCGUUGAGUUGAUUUACCGAGAAAGAUUUCUCUUCAUACAUUCAGCUCAGACCUACUGUUUACCAGUUACAGUGAAGAAACGUGUGGUGUGCUUUGUAUUAUUUAAUUUUUUAAUGUUAAGUUAAUGAAAGUUAUACGGUUUUGUGCCUGCAUCUCCAUAGAUGCUGUGAAAUCAUAUCUGUUUCAUUCAUUUUUAUAACACAAAACAAAUUCUUUCACUUUUACUAUGAGAGACCAAACAAAAAUGUUAUGGUAAAACAACCUUAACUUCUUUUGAAUUCAGAACGUUCCUUUAAGAGUACGUAAGAAGUGUUUGAAUAGUUUCACUUUUGGGGAGUGCACCGAUCUGAAACAGCACAUUUGAUCUCCUUUUACCAAAACUGUUCCCACAGAUUCGUUUUGCUAGGCACUACCACUUUACUCCCAGCCUGCCAAUUUGUGAUACUCGUGUCUAACAUCAUUAGUUGAUGCUAAUUUAGAGACAUUUUUCAUAAGCUCUUCAUCUGGUGGAUAUGCUGGGGAUCUUAUUUCCUGUGUAACCGAUAUGGAGACUUAUGAGGGCAGCCACUGACCCCGCUGAGUCCAGCCCUCUUUUGGGGUGGUUUUCUAAGCAUUUUAACAACUUCACAGCCUAGAACCCUUUAAGUAUCCUUAAUAUAAACUCAUCCUUGGUUCGAUUAUGGAUUUAUAUUGCACCCAGAAGAGACCGUAUCAAAGUAAAGAAUAUUAAAUUUACAAUGUUUUUCACUUUUGUAGCUUUAAUGUGUUACUUCAAUUUGUUCUAAUAUGAGAAGUGCAUCAGAGCUUCUUGAACUUUACAAGCCAUUUUUUAGGGGCAUCAGAUUGCUUUAGUAGAUGCUGUGACACUGGCAGCUAUUUGUCCCCAGACAAUGAUGAGAGAAAUCUUGCGCUCCUUGUGAGUAUAUGAGAAUUCAUUUUCUUUCUUUUUUUAGAAACAAGGUCUAACUCGCAGGCUAGAACAUGAAAUAGGCUUGCGUUGAGUGCGUUCAAAUCAUGGCUGCUGGACUUAUUAGUAGCCGAAUGCAGUAAAGCAUGUAGAUUGAAAUGAGAGUAGAAUUGAAUAUGUUGCUCGGGGGCCAGCCUGACAGUGGAUCCGGGUGCUAAUGUACAUGGAAGUGAUGGCGAGGAAUUUCCAUGCAAGCCUGUGCUGUUUUCCUCAUGUCACAUUUUUGUGUGUCAGAAAGAUGAAAAAAAUGUGACUGGCUGAAAAUGCUAUAAAGCUAAAGCUGUUCGCCGCUGGCCCGCAAAGCCACAUGAAUUAAUCACACUGUUGAAAAUGGAUGGAUUUGUUCAGAAAGUGACUAGAAUGAAGGUAAAUAUUGAUAAUACAGCUGAACAGCACUUAAGGGAUUGCCAAAAUAAACAAUUCUGUCAUUAUUAAUUCGCUCUCAUGUCAUUCCAAACACCAAAGAAGAAUGUUGCUAACAACAUUGGCCACCAAUGACUUCCAUUGUUUGCACACAAAACCGAUGAAUGAGACAUUUCUCAAAAUAUUAAUUAGAUUAAUUUAUGUUUUGAAUGACAUGAGGGCAAAUAAAUAAUGGCAGAGUUUAGAUUUUUGGUUGAACUAUCCCUUAACAGAACAAUCUGCUAAAAAAGCUUUACACAAUAUUAAUGUAGCCUAUAAUAAUACGGUAUUAUAAUUUUUAGACAUUUCUUUUUAAAAACAUGUUAUUAUAAAUAUACAAGAAUAUAAUAUUAUUACAUGAAAGUGUGAAAUAAAUGCUCAUCCAUAAAAGCAUGUACAUUUAAAAAUUAUACAAACAGAAAGAUAAAUUCAUAUUUAAAAUCGAAUGAAAAUGGCAUUGCUGUGUGUUUACUCUUUAGGAUAAGAUGGGAGAUGUUCACAUUUGUUCAGUGCAACAAACAUUGUUUCCUCUGAAGCAGUGAUGAUGACCUGCCCAGGCGGACAGCAUGACUGGCCCCGGCUCAAAUGCUCGCCAGGUUUCCAGGAGCCUGUCGAAGCAGUAAAUUCUGGUUGCUAUGUGACUCAUUGCAGCGGUGAACCUCUGUUGGUCUAAUGCUCCUCAGGCCUGAUAAGAGAUUUAUACUGCUCUGGAUGUCACAUUACUGUGCUGCUUUGCUCUUCUCUGCUAGUUCAAACUAGGGGUCACGGUUCAAAUUAAAAGGCCAAACCCUUACUAAGAGGCACAUUAUGGAAAAACUUGGGCUUUGGGUUAAAUAUGCCCUGAGCUCUAAAGCAGAAAUCACAUUUACAGUAAUGUCCCUAUAAUGGGGCAAAGUCUGUGGAACAAGCACUUAUAUAAAUGUUUCAGAAAAAAUAAUUUAUUAUCACUUUUAAAAUCAUCAGUAAUCCUGAUUGUUGUCUCUGGCUAACUAAUAUAUAAUUCUUGUGUGUGGAGUUAAAAAGCUUACUUGUUUUUAACAUAAAUGCUAAAGACUUUACCAAUUACCACUGAGCUUUCCUGUGCUUUCCUGAGCUUUCCUGAGCUUUCUCAGUGGUAAGACCAUUGCGUUAACAACGCAAGGUUGUGUGUUCGAUCCCAGGGUAUUGCAAAUACCUAUGUAAAAUAUAUAGGAUAAAGCAAUGUAAGUCGCUUUAGUUAAAAGCGUCUGCCAAAUGCCUAAAUGUAAAAUGUAAUGUAAACGAUGGUAGCUGAAUUGUGCAUUGGGCCAGACUGCUCUGAGUUUAUUUCAUGGUAUUUUUGGCACCGUGAUCUCUGUCACGACAGCAGGAAGCCGCUCCAUUGACCUAUAAGACCAUAAAGAUCACAUAAUGGGUCGCAUUGAGGACAAAUGAAAAGUGUGUCUGAGUGUAUUGAGCAGUGACAAGAAACCCGCUGAGCUAGAGCUCAAUACCCUCUAUAAGGAAGACUCAAACAGUCUGCACUGCAAAGAACACAACGCUACAAUCCCAACAAUUGACAGUAUUUAAUCGAUGUACAUUUUCCUCAGUGGUUAUAGACCAAGAGCUUUUUGGAAGGACAAACCUUUUGGUUUGCUUGUACAGUGAGACUUGCGUCAUUUAACUGAGACCCCCUUUGAAAAAACAGCAUAUGCUGGUUUAAGCUGAUCAUGUACUGGUCCUUAGUUGGUUUAAGCAGGUCAAAUCAGCAUCAAAACGUAAACGUAUUUUUUCAACAGAGACGUUUAAGACCAACAUCUAGUUUGGGUGUGGCAUGCUCAUGUAACUGUUGAAAGCAGACAACAUGAUGGGAAAGACCUUUGGCCAAGACCACCUUCAACAUGCACACAUGCACACAUUAAUUAAACUCUGAGAUGAAAACUCAGUACUAAACUUUUCACAGUUUUACAAAAAGUUGUGCUCUUCACAUUAAUUAUACAAUUUAUUAGAAUUUUUACGCCGUUUUAAUAAGUUUUCAUUAUAGGACAUCAAGUAGCUCAAAUGCAGUAUAUAUACCACAAAAAAGUGGUAUGGUAAUAUGCUGUUUCAAGCUAGCAAGGCAUAAAUGAACAAUAACGUUAAAGAUCACAACAGAAAUAAAUUGCUCUUAACCUCAGUAUGUAUUUCAGUGAAAAAAAUUGUAUUCUGAAAUUUCUAUAACAGUAACUGCCUUAGCUACAGUGACUGCUUACACUAAAAAUGUUGUCUCAUUAGAAAACCCUUCUAAAAAGACCAGCAAAAAUGUAUAUUCUGGUACAGGCUGGUUUAUGAUGGUUAGUGCUUUAGAGCGUGUCGUGUUGUUCACUAGCUCUUGCUGAAAAACUAAAAUCUUAAAGAAACAACGGAAAUCCUAUAUACAGGCAUGGUUGUGACAAGCAAUGCUGCUUUUCCUAAGGCUAGCAUAAGCUAUUUAACAUUUUGCAAAGAUAAUGUCUUCACAAUAAAAUAUAUUUUUUGCUAGUGCUUUCACUUUGAGAUUUUAGAGAAAUACAAUUCCGCUGAGAGCUUUGACAACAAUGUCAGCAUCUAUAAACAACACUUGGUCAAAAUAGGCUGCAUUUCGUAGCUUUUGCUUUAUCACACCUUCUUUGUUCCUCUGUGUGAAAGUCGGACACUGUUCCUGGCCGUGUUACGAUCUAGCUAACAAUGCCUUGGAAACAUCACUUCAGAGUGAAAAAAUCAAUAACUACAACAACCAAUUUUGUUAUGACACAUGCAUGGCACAUAAGACACACGAGUGGUAAAGAAAUCAUUCACUGAGAAAAAGGAAAUGGGUCAGCUAUGGGAAAGUAAUCUCACUUUUUGUUUUGUAUUAUAAUGUCUUAUCAUGUAGGUCAAAUGUUGAUAUGAGACUGUAGACCUGACAUCUAUGAUCAUAAAAAUUCUAACGUUGUUGCGGUCCUUCUUCCUAUUAUUUUUUCACACCUACUUUUUAAAUAGCCUAGGUUUUCAUAUUUCCCUUGAGUGGACAUCUUAAGAGAUGACCGUAUACUGUAGGAUGAUGCACCAGUGUCCCCUGUGGUUUCAUUUGCAUCUACGCCAACAAAUACUCAUACAUGAGAAAUUACUUUUUGGAAAACUGUCCACCACAGUGAGCUCUGUGCCAGAAAGAAAAUGCAAACAAUAUACCUUGUUAAAAUGCGUUUACAAUUAAAGUAUUUGCAUGUAGUUACACCUGUGACCCUAAACCUACCCACAACAUACAUUUGGUAACACUUUAUAGUAAGGUUGUAUUUGUUAACAGUUAGUUAAUGCAUUAGAAAAUGAAUGCUGAAUUUACAAAGAACAAGACUUCUACAGCAUUUAUUAAUCUCGGUUUAUGUUAAUUUCAGCAUGUUUACAUGUAUUUAAUGCAUCAUAAACUAACAUAAACAUAAACCUUAUUGUAAUAUGUUACCAAUGUAUUAAAGUGCAGUGUAUUAAAUGCAGUAUUUAAAAACACUUAAAGUGUUAAUUUUGAAAGAAGAUAGUUUGAAGAAUGUUGUUAACGGGAUUCAUUCACUUGCAGUGGUUUUGUAUCUUUACAACAGAAGUGAAUGGGCCCAGUGCUGUUCGGUGACCAACUUUCUACAUAAUAUCUUCUUUUGUUUUCUUGGGAAGAAAGAAAGUCCGGUUUGGAAUGACAUAAUUUACAUUUUUGGUUGACCUGUCACUUCAAUGUAAAGUGUGCUUGUAUAUUUAAUAUAAUAUGGCUUCAACUGAGCCCUACUCCAUUGUGCAGUCUAUUAGGAUGUCAGCCCUCGCUUUAAAAUUAUGUCGCACUUGAACCCUCUAAUUAGUUCUGAAUAACACUCACUUUAACCUUGCAAGGGAAGGCUUUGCCCCAAGGUGGAACUGCACAUGUUGCGCUUGCACCCACUUGACUUUUUCUGACAAUAUUGAUGGAGGUCCGUUUAAACUUUUAGGUUGAAACUAAAGUGAUACAUUUACCUCACCUACACUGAAAGUCUAGUAAAGAAAUACGCCAGUGAAUACUUUUAGAGUUCUUGAAACACUCAGAAGGCUAAUUACAGUCCCCUUGACUGGCCGCAUCAUCAGCUCUUGCUACAAAGAGCUCUUGUCAGCACAGCGCCUCUCUCUUCCCUCAGAGUGACUCCAGUAUUGAUUUCGUUCUUAACAUGCUCUCGUUCGGUGACGAGAUCUUUCCUAAAUUAACUCGGCUCUUUUAGGUUUAGUGUAAUAAUCUGACAUUUGCAAGUAGGCAAAAUUUAAAUGCCACUAUAAUAACUAAAAUAAAUUGAGUAGCUUUCCUUUCCAAUUUUUCUUCCACAGAUUUCUUGCAUGAUUUGGUGAUUCAGAAGGUUCAAUAUGUAGACUAGAUGCAUAUCUGACUGAUAUAUAAUCAGAUAUUUCAGAUAUAAGGGCACUGUACCAUGUUAUUGUCUCAGUGAUUGAACAUGUGCUUCGGUCAUAACAUGUUUUUGGCAUGUUCAAAGAUGUUUGACUGUCGCUGUGAUUAAAAAUCCGGUUGCGUUUAUACAUAAUGUGUAUACUUUUUAGAUGGCCCCUCACCCACCAUUUUUCCAAUAUUCUUUUCGCAAAAUUUUACAUUUACUGGAUGCAGGAUCCAGCUAACAAUACUCCAAUACUCAACUGAGCUACCACAAUCCUUUAUUUUCACACAGAUUCUAUUGCGUAAUGCAUUAGGGAAAAUCGUUUCUGUCGCAGAGUUUAUAUGAUUUUAUCUUCUGUUGAUACUACCUUAAUUGUUUCUUUUUAUGCAUUUGGCAGGAUGUUUUUUUUUGUCUUAUCUGUACUGUGAAGUGAGUGGGAGGGUUGUGUCAAUCACUGUCAAAGUAAACCGGGCUUGCUGUAAGACUGCUGGGGUGGCAAAAGUCCACGGAUGUUUAUCACACACCUCGUGAUGUUUACAAUAUGUGUGUCAUGACACACGACUAAGGAGACUCAAUUGCAGGGGUUUAGAAUAUGUAUUUAUUGAGACUUAACAAUGGGUAAAUAAUCACAAGAGUUCAGGGAUACGUUGGACUCGUCCAAUCCACGGGGAAAUGCUCAACCCGGAAGAAUCCAGUCUUAUCCGUAGGUGCGGAAGAAGCCUCGGGGGGAGGGCUUUGCUGUGAAGUCUCGGUGCAGGGAGGAAGUCAGGAGCGCCAGCGGUAACUGCGGGGAGCAGACACUGAUGAACAAUAAAUCUUCUCGACAUGGACACGUUUUCCAAAUCAGAUCCAAUAUGCGUGCUGUAUACCCAAGGCAUCGGCAACAAAGAGUGGCGAGAGUUCGGCCGGACUGAGGUUAUCGAUAACACUUUGAACCCAGAUUUUGUCCGAAAGUUCAUACUGGACUACUUCUUUGAGGAAAGACAGAACUUACGAUUUGACCUGUACGAUGUGGACUCCAAGAGCACCAACCUCUCAAAACACGAUUUUCUGGGCCAGGCCUUCUGCACAUUGGGGGAGAUGGUUGGAUCGCUAGGUAGUCGUCUGGAGAAGCCUCUUGGGGGGAUUCCCGGGAAGAAAUGUGGGACGAUUAUUGUGAAGGCAGAGGAGCUUAACAACUGCAGGGAGUCUGUGAUGAUGCAAUUUUGUGGCAACAAACUGGACAAAAAGGACUUCUUUGGAAAAUCUGACCCCUUUCUACUGUUUUACCGCAGUAACGAGGAUGGAACAUUCACCAUUUGCCAUAAAACAGAGGUGGUAAAGAACACUCUCAACCCUGUGUGGGAGGCCUUCAAAAUACCUGUCAGGGCCUUAUGCAAUGGCGAUUGCGACAGAACGAUCAAAGUUGAAGUGUAUGACUGGGAUCGAGAUGGCAGUCACGACUUUAUUGGGGAAUUCAGCACAAGUUACAGAGAACUAUCAAGGGGCCAGUCACAAUUCAACGUGUAUGAGGUCAUAAACCCCAAGAAGAAGGACAAGAAAAAAAAAUACCUAAACUCUGGAACAGUUACACUGCUGUCAUUUCUCAUCGACACUGAAGUCACCUUCCUAGACUUUAUCAAGGGCGGGACUCAGAUUAAUUUCACAGUGGCGAUUGAUUUCACGGCUUCUAAUGGCAACCCAGCCCAGCCCACCUCUCUCCAUUACAUGACUCCAUAUCAGCUCAACGCCUACGCCAUGGCGCUAAAAGCGGUGGGGGAGAUCAUACAAGACUAUGACAGCGACAAGAUGUUCCCUGCUCUAGGUUUCGGAGCUAAAUUGCCUCCUGAUGGGAGAGUAUCCCAUGAGUUUGCCCUAAAUGGAAACCCUCAGAACCCGUAUUGCAAUGGCAUUGAUGGAGUAAUGGAGGCGUAUUACCAGAGUCUUAAAUCUGUCCAGCUCUACGGUCCAACCAACUUCUCACCUGUCAUCAACCAUGUUGCCAGAUACGCUGCGUCAGUAAAGGACGGAUCUCAGUACUUCAUCCUGCUCAUCAUCACAGAUGGAGUAAUAUCAGAUAUGGCCCAGACAAAGGAGUCCAUUGUUAAUGCUGCAUGUCUUCCCAUGUCAAUUAUUAUUGUUGGGGUCGGACCGGCUGAGUUUGAUGCCAUGAUUGAGCUGGAUGGAGAUGAAGUGAGGAUUUCGUCAAGAGGCAGAUUUGCUGAAAGAGACAUUGUUCAGUUUGUUCCAUUUAGAGACUAUAUCGACCGCACUGGAAACCACAUCCUCAGCAUGGCCCGCCUGGCCAAGGACGUUUUGGCUGAGAUUCCAGACCAAUUCCUGUCUUACAUGCGGACCAGAGGCAUCAAGCCUUCCCCUGCUCCCCCUCCAUACACACCCCCAGGACACCCGCUUCAAACUCAGAUCUGAAAGGGGCCCAGGAGCGAGCCUUGCUGCAUCUCAGUAUCUAUUUCUCAAUCACUCAGUGAUCUGAAGGUUCCCUCAGCUCUAUCUGUUCCUUUCUCUUUGCACUAUGGGAACUAUAGAUGGACAACAUGCUUAGACAGGGUUCUGAGGGCAGGUUUACUUCCAUUAAAGGCGUUCUCUAUUAGGAUGUCUUUCUCUUUCUGUCUCUGUCUCUCAAUGCCUGGUUAACUUGUUUUUGAGGGCAACGUUUGAAUUAUCUUCUUGGCUGUAGCUUAAUGAAGGAAAAACAGGCAGGUGAAUGAAGUGAAGGAACGACUAAGAAAUGGAGCUGAUAGUGUUGCGCCCUGUUUUACAGCAGCCAAUAAGCUUCCUCUUCCUCUGAGCAGGAAAAGACUAAUCAAAUGCCAGUCGCAAAUUGUUGUAGAUAACUUUUGAAGUAAAUUUCUUCCGUCAUUUCUUAUCUUCUCGCUCUCUCUUUGUUUUCUGAAAUCUCACUUAAUGUUUACAUGUUAAUGAUUUUCUUACUGUUGGAUCUAAAUUUUCUAAGUGUCUUCAACACUUUGCCAAGUGAAUCCUUGAUACGUGUUAUCUUUGCCAUGGGUGUCAGGUCACAGCAGCCGUUAUCGUUGCGAUAAAUACACAUUUCUUGCAUGGAAAUGGUGUGCAAAGGCAUGUGAUGCAUGUUUCAGAACGUUCACUUUAUUUUGGGCCUUUUGUCUUUUUCACAAAACCAACUAGUUUCUUUCUCUUCCUGUUAUCUUAUAUCUUUCUUUUUGAUAAAUUUUGUAUUUUUGCUCUUGGACAAUUGCGACAGAUGCGCAACUCACUCUGUAAAGAGAACCUCAUAUGACACAUUGUGCUUCUUUAUGUUUAAAUAUGAGCAGCUGCUCUCAAAUCAGAGCCCAGUGGACAAAAACAAAGAUGCCAUUAUUAUUUCCUGUCUAAAAACAUUGUUGAGAUGUUUUGUCUUUUUCUAUUAAUUAUAAUGUUGUGUUCUUUCAAUACCAUGAACAUUCGUUCAUCAUAUUUAAUCAUUACCUCGUAGAGUUUCCCAAAGAUAGUGAUGAAAAAGCACAAAAUCUAUUUGGAAAUCUUACUCCAGGAUUUCAUUGUGAAUAUUACCAGAUUUGUUUUCAUUAAUUAUAUAGUCUAAUAGUCUAAGUGCUAAAUUAUUCAAUUUAAUGAAAAAAGUUUUAUUAAAGGAUAUUUUCGAUCCUUUCAUUUUACAAAUAUGCUGCUAUUAUCAGGAAAAUCAAUCCAUUUAUCAGCAUAAGGUAUUCAAUUAUUUUCACUAUUUACCCAUCUCAUUAGUAUUUGUGGGUAUUUAUGCCAAAGGUGUGGUUUCAGUUCUGUUAGCAUUUAAAAAUAAUUAUAAUCAAAUUUGGCCAUACAAGGUUAAUAUUGUGUCCUCCCAAACAUAUAGAAUUUUUGUCCUAAACAAAACCAGCCUUACUACAUAGCCACAAAUCAUGAUCAUUUUUGUCACUUUAAAGUCUUAAUGUAAAUAAGAGAAAUCUUGUUGACUGAUCCGUUAUAAUUCACUUCAUUGAGUUGACGUCUUUGGUUUUGUGUUGGACAAUAUUUGGGGGCCCAAAACAAUACAAUUCAUCAUGUCUUAUUACAGUAAUACAUUGUAUCUUAUUUGUCUUUGUUAUCAUGUCAUUUAUUUUUGUGCUAAAACUUCCACACACAGCAAAUGUGAAUAUUCUAGUAUGUAGCAACUAAACAUGAUUUUUCCCCACAGAACACUAGUGUGGUGAAAAGCUUUGGAUAACAGCCUCACGUUGAAAAGGAUCAUUCCCUUUGUCAGCCAUUCUGCAUUGACAUUCCUAUUUGUUCUGCUUUUUCACACAUUUCAUGAUAUUCAUGAAACAUCAACACAUACAGAGGCCUUAUAACAUUGUCUGGACACAAAAAAAUGUAUUGCAUGAGAUGAGCAAAUUACUAAAGCAAGGGGUGUUUAAAAAAGCACAAAAUAUGUUUCGUUAUUAAAGGGAUAACAGAAAGUUACUUUUGCUUGUAUGUACCUUACAUACAUAGUUCAUUUGGCAUUCUUAUGGUAAUUUUUUUAUUUGAUUUCGAUUUUGAAAUAUAAUUUACUUUCAGUAAUUGUAAAACUCUUUUCAAAAGGAGCGUGACUUAUUUUAAACGAUAUAACAGACUUUCAGAAAUAUGUUUUAGGCACGUAAAUGUUGUAACUCAAACAGAAGCAAGAAAAGUUUUAGUUUAAUUAAAAAAAUGGAAAUAAAAAGCUAAGGUAGCUCAGUGAGUUAGCAUAUUUCUAACAUAUCUUUUGAAAUGUUGAUAUCAUACUUGUAAUUUAUCAAUAAGAAUGCAAUGUAAACCAAUACAAGCCAAGAAAUACCACAAAACCUCGGAAUACAUUACAUCCCUUACUGCUGUGAUGUCGUGAAGGAAAUGUUUCUAGUAGUUAAUGCUUAAAGACAACUGCUAAUAUAAUUAAUAUCUUCCCAAAAUUAUGAUUCUUUGAUCAUUUCCUCAUCCUCAUUUGCUCUGCAGAACAAAAAAGGAAAAAACUUUGAAGAAUGUCGUUAACUAAACAUCAUUGGCCUCCACUGACUUUUAAAACUACUAAGACGUUUCUUUGAACAACAUAAGGUUGAAUAAAUUAUGAGAAUUUUUAUUUACGGGUAGACCUUCCCUUUAAUUCUAUCUAAUAUAUAAGAAUAAUUGUGAUAUAGACCUAAAAAUAAACCGCAGAGUAGGAAUCGCCUGGCCAUACCCUUUUUUCUUGUCUAACAAGAACUUCACAGUGCGUUAAGUAAAGAAACGUGUGAAAAGGCAGCACUUGACCUGGGUGUCCACUUUCUUCUCUGGGAAUGCUUUCUCUCAACUGUUGUUGUGAUUCAAGUCACCCACAGCCCUGCUCCUUUCUGUAUUGUCGGUGCCACAGCAAUUGCCAUCCACCUGUGAGCAUGCACCUGUGUAUGUGUGUGUGUGCACGAGUGUGUGGGUGUCAACACGGCAAGCGUUUUUACAUUUGUGAUUUGACUCACAUGAAAUUUGUUUACUAAAGAUAUCCAAAUACUAUAUUGUAUGCUCGUCAUAUCUAAAUAUUAUGUGCACUACGUUUGCAUGUACAGUUUUACAAGAGAUUCACUUUGUUCUUUAGUUAUUGUUAAGAGUGUUUUGGGUACAAAAAAUGAUAACAGGAAAAUAACUGUACAAAAUGGCCUUAAUAUCUCACUGAAUUCUUGGAAUUGUGUGAUGCCUUCAGAUAUGAAUUGAUAUAUAUUUUGUGUUGUUGUAUAAUUGCUUUUUAGUGCAUAUUAUCUUUGCUCAUAUAUAAAAAAUCUAUUGUAAUUUUGGAAUCAGUAAUUAAUCAGAGAAAGCAUGGAAGGAGUUCUGAUUGUCUAGUAAAUAGAUAUGAUGAAAUAUUAUUUCUGUAUUGAGUACUAAUUUUGGAAUAAAUAUUCUUAAUAUACACAUG